AAUAUCAAAGAUUAUUAAGAUUAAUUUUCUGGUCGAUUAUUUCGAAUUUCGAUUGACUGAGUUUGUGAUAUUGUGCCCGUAAUAUAAUGGGUCCUAAAAAAAGAAGCUUUAGCCAGCCAGCAACUCCUAGCCGCCAGAAAAAAAACAGAUACUCAAAUACACAACCAAAUAUUGAUGAAAGUUUCAGAGGAAUAGCUAAUAUAACUAAUGAUGAACUUAAUGAACUAGCUAAUGAAUGUGUUCGCUUUAUUAUUUAUAGAGGUGGUCAACAACUUCCUUUUCGUAAAGCUGAGUUACAGAAACACAUCAAAGGAGCAACAGGUAGAAUAUUCGAUAAAGUUUUGGACAUUGCAUCAAAUAUCUUGGAUAAGGUAUAUGGUUUUAAAAUGAUAUUGUGUGAUGGGGGUAGCAAGUUUUAUAUUUUAAGUAAUAAUCUUCCUUAUAUAGAGGAAGAUCUUGACAACGAACAAAUGUCUGAGUUACCAACAGACCGAAAGAAAAUUUUAUUGAUGCUUGUAUUGAUUCACAUUUUUAUGUCUACAAGUAGUGUAACACAGGCUUCUUUAUAUUCGUUUUUACAAUCAUUAUAUAUUGAUCCUGAAAGAAGGCAUGAAAUUUUUGGGGAUGUUAAGGAAUAUAUAAACACAACACUUGUAAAACAGCAUUAUUUGAAUGUUGAUAAAGAUGCAGUGUCUCAAGAAAUAUCCUACCAAUGGGGAGACAGAGCUGAAAAGGAAAUUUCCAAAAUGGAUCUUCUUCAACUAGUUUGCAAGAUAUUCAAAGCUCAUAAUCCAAAAUCUUGGGUGACCCAAUACAAGGAAGCUAGUGAACAACCAGUAGAAAACCAUAGAAAUAAAGAUAAGGAAGCUGAAGGAAUAAACGAUGCAACCUAAUUAUUAUAAUAGUAUUUCAAUUUAAUUCCCACUCUCGUGCGAAUAAAUACUCAUUCUGUAUAGUCAUUUUUAUGUUAAUUGAUUGCUGAUUCAUUUUUUUGUGUUAUAUUAAUAAAUUUUUUCUAUGAAUUUUAAAUUUA